AUGGGGACUCGAUGUGUGUAUAUUCUGUAUCUGCUAGUGAUGUGUCGGGUUCAGGCUGAGCUGUCAGAUAUUGAGAAGUAUGUACUAUCAAUCGCAGGUACUACACCAUCGACAACCCUAGUUCAGAAUAACGGCAAAACCUGUGCAAUAAAUCUAACUACAAACGGUGUUUGUAUGAAACGCGGUGAGUGCAACAUUGACGUGCCCAAAAUAGAUCCAGCUACGACUUUUAUUCUGCGGGAGAGCGAUGGGGACAAAAACAAUGAAGUGUCCGAAGAAUGCGGGUGGCUACAAGUAUGCUGCCCAUUGGAGAAAGUUGUCGCUGAAACUCAUACAGUGAAGUUCCAAAAACCCCUCGGUUGUGGAUACAGCAAUCCUGGCGCCAAUGUCUUUAGGGAGACGACGAAUUCCUACGGUUAUGCAGAUUUUGGGGAGUUCCCGUGGAUGAUUGCUUUGUUGCAGAAAAAAAAUAAAGGUCAAAACUUUAAUGAUGAAUACAUCGGUGGUGGCACUCUAAUUCAUCCCUCGGUUGUGAUAACGGCAGCGCACAAAGUCGAUACUGUCGACAAACCUGAUGAGUUGAAAUGUCGCGCUGGGGAAUGGGACACCACAACAGAGGACGAGGCAUAUAGACAUCAAGAGCGAGAAGUAAAUGAUAUCGUCAUUCAUUCGGAGUUUCUUAGAGCCCACACCCACAACGAUGUUGCUCUGCUGAUAUUGAAGUCACCAUUCGAGUUAAACGACGCCCCCCACAUAGCGGUGGCGUGCUUGGAGCUCAAACUGCCUCCACCAGGCACUAUUUGCUACAGCAUGGGCUGGGGCGACGAUUUUAUGAAUGGGAAUAAAUAUGCUAAUGUACUUAAGAAGAUUAAGUUACAGUUGGUGGCUGCAGAGAAAUGUCAGAAUCAAUAUCGUAACACUCGUCUGGGAAGAGGUUAUACUUUGCACCGGUCACUGACCUGUGCCGGGGGGGUCGCCGGGGUGGACACGUGCAUAGGGGACGGGGGAUCCCCCCUCGUGUGCCCUAUUGCUGCCAACAACAAAGUUCGGUUCUCUGUAGUGGGGAUGGUGGCGUACGGCCUGGAGUGCGGUACCGACAAUGUGCCCGGUGUCUAUGUUAAAAUCCCAGAAAUUUACGAUUGGGUCAUCACCGAAAUGACCUAUAAAGGCUUUAAUUCGAGUACUUUUAUGUAU